UUUUUUAAUUAAAUCUUUUCAGAGAUUAUAAUACGGGAACAGGCCGGGCAGAGACACUGAGGCAUGUCCAGACGGGGCCACACUUUCAAUGGUGGAUGGAACUGAUCAAACUCCGGUGUGUGGACACUGCAGGAAACGGAGUGUGGCAAUGAGCUCCCAUGGAUCAGGCCCUGGGUCUAACACGCUCAGGAAACGAGCUUCCCGUCAAGUCCUAGUCCCAGCUUCCUUCACCGUUUUGAUCAUCAUCAUCGUUACUCUAGCAGCACUUUUAGCAGUGGAAAAAUCCAAACCACCUGUGGGUGCUGCUGGGCCCGGCUGCCCGGACGGCUGGAUCGGGUACCGAGGGAAAUGCUAUUAUUUCUCAGAGACUGAAGGGAACUGGACCUACAGCCAGAGCCAGUGCUCUGCACUCAGCGCCUCCCUGGCUGGAUCGACAGUGAGCAGGAAAAGGAUUUCCUGCUGCGCUAUAAGAGCUUCCUCGACCGUUGGGUCGGCCUCCAGAGGGAGCCAGGCCAGCCCUGGACGUGGUCCAACGGCACCAAAUUCGACAACCGGUUUCCGAUAAGAGGAGGCGGUGACUGUGCUUUUCUGGUGGCUGAGGGCUGGUUCGGCAGCUCGUGGUGCAGCACAGGGAGACACUGGAUCUGCAGCAAACCCGAUGCCUGUACAAUGGGGAAGGGACGUGCUGUGGAGUCAAAACUUGGAGACUCUUAGGAAUGAGGCCUGGAAAAGCUUUAUUGGGGGCACACCUUCCACUACCUGUAGAUGAAGGAGGCUGGGUCUGUCUUCUUUACAGACUCUCCCCAGGGCUUCCCUUGGGGAAAUAGAUCUCUGGAGUUAGAUUCUUUGGGGCUAGAUGAUAUUUUCCCUCAGUUGAAUGCCAUUAGUUUGAGUUCUCUGCUCCCACCUGGGUUCUGUUUAACUAGCCUCUUCCCUCCUUGGGGUUCUCCCCUCUCAGAUCGUGGCCCAGCACAGAGGUUCCCAAAUGGGUACAGGAGCUCGUUGGAAGGGACACACAGUAACAAGCUGACCCCUUUAAAUGAAGCUGGUCCAGUGCCCCUGUGCUAGAACAGGUGACCCACGUUUGGCCGGUUAAGGGGGCAGGGCAGCGCUUGGAGCUAUAGAGGGUCAGGGAGAAUCAGUGAGGAGGAAGAAGUCCUUGAAGGAAGUUACAGGAUGUUGCUAGGGGAAGGCUGAAGGCAGGGGAGUGGCAGAUGAAUUUACCCACUGAUGUCCCCAUGUUGGAGCCAGAGAGAGCUGAGGGCCAGGGGAGCAGUGGCAGGGCCGAUCUGCUAGAGAUGAAAGGCAACAGAACAGGGCGAGUGCUGGAUAUUUCCCUGGUGAGGAUGAACUCCCAGGGGAGAGGCUGUGUGGGUUACUGCUGGGAAGAGUAGGUUUGCGCUCCAGCUGGGGUAGCUGACAUGGCAGAAGGACAGGAGAGGACCAAAGAAGAGCCCAGACGUGGUGGAAGACACUGGCAUGUGCUCCACUGAUGGACCAGAUGUCACGGGAUUUUAAGGACUAUAUGUGCUGGGGGUGAUAAAUGGACUAUGGUUUGGAACCCUGCCGUGGACUAUUUGCACCAGGUUUUAGUAAUAAACUGAGCCCAGGGAUGGGUCUCAUCUGGGUGGAUAAGCUGUGACUUAAAAAAAGUCUGAAAAGAUCAAAUUUUGAUUAUUUAAAUUAAAACAGGUUUAUUUAUUUAUUUAUUUUUACAAAUAAACCUGUGUUGAAGCCUAACCAUGUCUCUUACAAUAACACUGGAGGGGGCUGCACAAAGCUCCACAGGACAGCGGGUGGCCAUUAUUAUUUCUUUCACUAUGGGCUGAAGAAGUUUCACCAAACACUGACUCUUACAGUCACCCUCAGUGGCCACGUUGGCAUCGGCUCGCUCCGAGGCUUGGAGCAGCUGGGAUCCUCAUCCUGGUAGUUGCUAUGAUAGUGAUGGGCGUUUGGAGUAAGUAGUUCAAAAUUAAUUUGUGCAAAAUGCUACACUCUAAAAUCCCCCCCCCAUUUCCAUGGUGAUUCCAUUUCUGAUUCCAACGCUCUUGUUAAUAAUAUCCUGGGCACUUCAUGAUUACCACAAAGGGGAAAAUAUUACAGAACAGCGUGGUGCUAGAGCUUGAUACAGAGACCCCAGGUGAUCCAGCUCUCACAAUUUCUCUGUUCUGUGUGGGGGAAAAGCAGAAAGCACCUUAUGCUACGUAAUGAACGAGAUUCUCUCCCAGUUUUGUUCUAUCUCUCUGGCCCGGUUCUGAAUUUGAUAGCGACAGUAUGUAAUGGUUUCUUACACACACGCCCUCAUUCUCAGUUUGCUGAUCCCUAAGUAGUACUUGCAGUUCAUGCUCCUGCUGUUCUGAAGUUUCUCAGAUCAAAGGAUGUCUGAAUUCACUGGAGAACAAGGGUACCAGGGAAAGAAUCACCCAUCAAUGCAACAGCAGCACUGGCCUAAAAGAUUUCCAUUUUCACUUGAAACAAUUUGUGUGUGAAUCAGCUUACAGCACCUCAACAGGUAACCUCAGCGCCUUCUCUCUCAGCAGUUUGCUGCAGUGCAGUGACAUCUAGUGGUCACUUAGGGUAACUCAGUGCAGGACACAAACCACUUCAAUAAGUGCAAUAAAUAUCCGAUUCCUUUAAAAGCU